AUUUUUAAAGGAUCUAAACAUGGAAAAGUUAGCGGGUACUCGUAAAAUCUUGGAAGAUUCGUUGAAACAAAAAAACUGGUUCACAGGUUUAUUGGAGAAGGUGGAACAAAAGUCAGGUGUCGAUAGGCUAUACAUCGUUACUGGAAGUGCUGUAUUGAUAUUUCUGUACCUCAUUUUCGGUUAUGGGACGAGCUUCAUUGCAAACCUUAUUGGAUUUAUCUAUCCAGCAUACAGAUCGAUCAAAGCAUUAGAGACGUCUGAUAAGGGGGACGAUACAAAGUGGCUCACUUACUGGGUUGUUUUCGCAACAGUCAGUGUUAUCGAGUCAUUAACUGACGUAUUGUUUUUCUGGAUACCAUUGUAUUCACUGCUAAAGGUUUGUUUUUACCUGUGAAUUACUCCACCCAGUCUUUAUUUUUCUUGUUUAUGAUGAUCCCAACAUCACCGAACGGAGCUAUCUUAAUCUACGAAAAAGUUAUUAGACCUAACUUUUUGGCUCACGAAAAAAAUAUUGAUAAGUUUAUUAAUGAGGCAUCAGAUUUGGCUGGUGAUUUUGGAAAUGCUGGUAAGUGACAUGUGUUAUAUGUAGUACGUAUUACCGUUUACUUUCAAAUCUUUGGGUUACUAGGUUGGUCUGAAUAACAACAGACCACAACAAUCGUACUCAGUACUUCCUUCACGGAAACUUCAUCCACAAGUUGACUGACAAGGUUGUGUAAGGCAGUUGGAUUAAGAUCUUAGCUAGAGCCCGAGAAGUGGACGCAAUUCCGUCUGACCGGUCUCGAUCUUGAUCGCCCUAGUCUAUGAGAAAGGAGGAGAUACAUUUUGCAGUAACAGCAGAGAAAUCGGUCCGACUGUCAUAAUACAUGGAAUAUUAGCCUCAAUAAUCAUCCAAGGGCUCGUGAAGAGUGAACUUGGGAAAACCAAACUGGUUUCAAAACUAAACGGAUGUGAAGACCUAAUGUUUGCCCUCCGCCAGAUUCCUAAACACAGAUGUACCCACCGACUCCCAACUGUGGUUCUAUUUUUUAACAUUAAUGCAGCGUUUGGCCCCGUAAAUUGACAGGUCUUAUGGUUACCGAAAGGCGUUCUGAUAAAGUAUAUCAGUGUUGCACAAUCCCUGUACUCAAACACUUCGGAUCAGGUCAGAGCUGAUAAUGAGUCAUCAUCAGAAUCGAUAACUUUAAAUAGUGCUUAUCAGGAGUUUACGAAUUCCCUAUUAUUAUUUAACUUUGUCGUGUACAUUCGUUAAGAGAUAACGCUCUCAUCGUCUGGCAAAGACAAAAGCUGAAAAUUACAGUUUUCUAACCAUCUUAACUAUCAGUGGUAGAAUGUUUGAGAUGCAUUCCUCUCCUAAAUUCAAAAUAUUGCUUCUGGACGGGUCUGCAUCAAUUUCUGAAUUGAUGAUAGGGGGUGAAAUAGUUUAGUGCAUCGGUCACUUAACUUAUCCUGUCUCAUCAACCUUGAUGGGUUUUUUGACAAAAUCUCGGGACAACUUGCGAGAUAUUCGUCUACCAUCCAAUUAACGAGUUUUCUGUGCAUCGUUUUGCUCUGUUUUGUUUUAUCGCUGUAAAACCGAAUAUCUCAGAGGCGUAUUCUUAGUUAUAUUUGGCAUCUCAAACCACUUCAGCUAGAGAAUUGUGAAUGACCAACAUAUGCUUUUCCUGUAUAGCUUUUUUUCAAACCAUGACACCAUGUCAUAAAUCUAUCACUGUUUUUUCUAAGCAAAUCCAGCGCUGAGAAAUAAUGCAUAAUGUGAAAUUCUGUGGGACAACGUUCAUGGUACAUAUUCAAGUCACCAAAGUCGGUCUUCCAAGACAUUGACAUCAGUUGAAUUAUUGUCAAUGUGCCCGAGCACGCGUUGCUGAACCUCUACAUUACUAGCGUGAUGUUGCUACUGUAAGUUGAUAGUCCUUCAUAGACAACAGUGACCAAACACAAUCAAUUAACAUCCUAAAUACGGUGAGGCUAGUUUUCACAAGCAUUGAGCAAAACUGCUCACGCCAUCACCAACAAUUACCCAAAUACACAGACUUUGCGACUACCAACUGCUCACAACCAAGAAUGAAUGCAGGCACUGGUUCUGCCAGUUUUGUACUAUGUACUUAAAAGAUGUCAAGCGCAUGACACUCAUACGGACAUUGGUUUUUAACUAGUGAAGUAGCAGUUGCAUGAUUUGAGUAUCAUCGCACAGUAAGAUAAUAACGUCUGCAUACCCAAGAUAACAGAUGUAUACUAGUAGGACUAGUUCAGGAAGACAAUGUUUUCCCGGCAAUACUUUAAUUAGUAGAGGUGAAAAUAAAAUGAUAUUACAAUUCGGUUGGUACUUGCACUUGCAUCCAUAUGAGGCGUAUAAAGUUAUAUAUUUGUCAAAAAGAUUUAAACUCAUUUCAAAGAAAAUGUAUGUGGUCCAAAAAAGUCUAGGCUCAACUAACCUAAAAAUUUGGCCAAACUGUUCAGUUGAAUCAAGUUAUUGUUAUGGGUAAUACUGAAAGGAGAUAUUUAUUUAUUUUAACACAUAGAUAUUGGUACAAGGAGGCACCAAAUACAUAUACGCCACACAAAUCUCAAUUGAUAUGUGUGAGGGCUGUGAUUCUGCCCGGGUGCCCAAACCGAAGCAGGUGGUUUACUUAGGGGGCCACACCCCGAGCCUUCGACCUGGACGUCUGACUCACAAGGCAGUGGAGCAUCGUAAGGAGAUACAGUCCCAUGGUAGCCGAUGACCAACGGUUGGUUCAUACUCCAUCUGUUCCCACAGGGUACUAAAGCCCAUGUACACCAUUGGUUUGGGGUCCGGUUAAAGCUCCGGACAUUCGCAUUUCGUCCUCUCAUUUUCGUAAACAACACCCGUGGUGCGAGAAGGCAGUGAGUAGGACUUCCCUGGCAGAGGCUAUAUACGCGUGGCCAUGUGAGAGCAUUUCGAGAGGGGGAGUGGACUCUCCCCACUCUCGGCCGUACCAGGGCAUUUGGGGGCGAAAAGAUAUACCGGGAAGGCUGUUAAACGCUUUAAAUAUGAAACGAUCUUACUUCAUUGGUAAUUACCAAUCCGAAUCACGUAGGGAAGGACUUUAAAAUUUUGUGAUCAAAAACAUUGGGCGAAAUAGGUCAAAAUCAAUUGUUAUAACACUAAUUAUGUAUCUCUUCUCAUGUUUUUUUUUUACACUCGAACUUCUGGUGAUUGCAUUUGUAUUUCGUCUUUAUCUUCUUUGUGACCAGAUAAUAUUAAUAUUUUAUUAUUGUUAAUAUAUUGUUAUAUUUAAAGGAUUUUGUGUAUUUCUGAAGUUCAUUUGUUUGGAUAUAUACUUCCUAUUGUGAUGAGAUGAAAUGUUUGUGCUUUUGAAUUUCAGCUAAAAAGAAGGCUACUGAAGCUAUUUCACAGGAUUUUAUGGGAAAAAGAGACUAAUACUACCAACUAGUUUUUAUUUGGAUUGCAAGCCGUAGACUAUUCACUAAAAUAUACCAAAUAGUUUUAAGAAAUCCCCCAAUGUUCAUUAUUCGUUGCUGCAUGUUCUAAAUUGUGGGCCCGUUUACGUUUGCCAUUGAAUUUUUAUUUUAUCUUUCUCUCUCGUUUUCAUUCCAAGUUAAGUGUAAUUUCUGCUUUGGCCCUUCUUAUCUUCUUAAGUUUAUUUAAAUCCGCAGUAUCCUAUUUAAAAACAUUAUUCGUAAAGAUAAAGACUAUAUCAAAAGGGUAACUGUAUGUUGUAAUUUCAUGUAAACGGAACAUCGCGAAAAAUGCAUCCUAAUUUUCGAGUUAAUCUUUUUUAUCAUUAAACAAAAUGUGACGGCUUAACAAAAUGUAUGUUUUUUAUGCUUUGUCCUUUCAUUUGUACUUAUAUGUUGUUGAAAGAUCUUUUCAUUUCCUCAUUUGUAUCAUUGCUUCUUUUCGCGUCACUAACCUCUUAUUUAAAAAGAAUAGAAUGUGAAAUAACUGUCACUAACUUAUUUCGCAUAAUCAUAAUUGUAUUUCCAAAAAAUUUACUUAGCUUGCCAUUAGAUAUUUCACUAACCGAUUGAAUACAUUUAAAACUGAAUUUGAGAUGAUUUUCGUAUGUCACCUCUCUACACUUUACGUCUAUCCACCGUUAAUUUGGAGUUGCUCAUCUCUUCGGUAAUAAGAUCGUCUGCAUGUUUUUUCGUUUAUGAAGUAUCUAAAUGAUUUGAGUUGUUGACUUUCAAUUGUUUUAUUGCGUAUUGUGCUUCUAUCUACUUGUGCAGGUGAGUAACAUCAUUAACCUUCGUAUAGCAAAUAUAGUUUACGAU